AUGGCAACCUUAGUUGCACUCGUGCCUCAGAGAGAUCGCAAGCCCGAAGACACCACAUCGGAGACCUCAAAAUGGGUGCGGAAAGACCGAUAUCGAAUGAUCGGGGAUAGAGGGAGAUGGCAGAGGAAGACUAAUAAGGAGGCAAUGAGGCUUGCUAAGAUGGAAGAUGUGGUGGAGGAAGAAGAAGGGGAAGGAGAAGGCGAGGAGUGCGAGCACCCAAAGAGUGCAUCCAAAAAACGUCUUAGCGACGUGGAAUUUGAGAAGGAGAUGAAAUAUAUUCAGCGUGACCGUGUGGCAUUAGCUGCUCGGGUGAAGCAGUUACUCGGCCUAGGCUAUGAGGAUAAGGCGCUUCAGCUGGUUAUAGAAUGCGAAAAGGCAAAAAUUGAUUGCAUUGCGUCUUGGAAUGAAUUGAUGGCGCACACGAUGCGCUGUGGGAAGAAGAAAGAUGCCAUGAAGUUGUUAAAUGAUAUGAAGAAGAGAGGCCGAUUUCCGAACGAGCAGACAUUUACAACUCUCCUAUCGGGCCUGGCGACCGGGCCGUCGAAUUCUUUGUCACGAUCAAAACACGACUCAGAAAACGCAAUACGGCUUUUUGAAUCGAUGAGCAAUGCCAACUCGGUAUCUAAACCUAAUAUCAUACACAUAAAUGCGGUGCUGAAUGUAUGUGCUCGAAACGGUGAUAUGGCGAACCUUUGGAAGUUUGCGGGGGAGAUCCCAGAACAUGGGGAGUGUGCACCCAACUCCAUCACUUACACAAUCAUUCUGAACGCAAUACGGACGUCCGUGAUUGAAUUCACCGAUACUCUGGAUCCUAACGAAGGACCAAGGCCUGCCAGGGAAAUAGUCAGAAGGAAGAGGAUUGCUGUGUCAUCCGGGAAGAAGUUAUGGGGCGAGAUCAUUAGGAAAUGGCGGAAAGGCGAUCUUGUACUGGAUUCAAAGCUGGUGACUGCCAUGGCCCGCCUGCUUGCGAUAGAAGAUGGCGAGAGUUCAUACUUUGACGUCUUCUCGCUGUAUACUCAAUGCAUGGGUCUGCCAAUUCCAACCGCCAUACAACCGGAUAUUACACGACUUAGGAGCAUACAAAACGAGAUACCCAAAAAUGAUGAAUUUCUAAGCAAAGAAGAAAAAAAGGCGAAAGAAGAGGAAAGAAAGAUGCUAGAACACCUUUUUGAUCCUAUUGAUCUUGAAGAAAUCCGCACGGCAUUGAAGGAGAAACAUAAGGCAGGGAAGAAUCCUGAAGUUUCCUUCCCUUCACCCACCAACGCCGAGCUAGAGCUUCUGAUCACACUAUGCCAAAACAUUGAGAAGAACGGAAUGGCUAGUGGUCGUCAUUAUUGGACAAUCCUUACCUCUAACGAGGAGGGAGGAGGCAAGGUUAAACCAGACUCUGGUUCUUGUCACGAAUAUCUUCGCCUUUUACGCCGUCAUCGUGCUAGCGCCGAAGCCCUGAGAAUUAUUCAAAACCACAUGGUUCCCGAAAAACUAUUGUCUAGAAAGACAUUUAUUAUCGCGCUCAGCAUAUGUUCCCGCGACCGGAACAAUCAAAAUGUUCUGGAUACCGCGAGCAAGCUCCUUGAUAUAUCAGCCUCAACCAUGGAACCGGAGCCGUCUUUAACAUUGAGAUAUAUAGAGCUUGUUAAAGCCCUUCUCGUCAGAGAGAGACUUAUAUCUGACGCAAAGAGACUUUCCAAAGAUAUGGUGAAACGUUCAAUAAAAGAUACCCCGCCAUCGCCUGCGCAAUUGCAUCAAACCCGACUUCUCAAGGCGGUCACCCAUUUGAGACCGCGUAUAGAAGACGCUAUGGAGCUACUUGCGUUUGGUUACAUUAAAUACAACAAGAAACCUACUAAGGUUGCCGCGGAUAAUGCUCUCUUAAGCAAUGAGGGAGAGUCAGCCGGCAUCCUAAGCACCACCACAAUAGAGGAAGAAGCAAAUGCCAUGGCUAAGAAAGCAGUGAGCAAGCUUAAAUCGGAGUCACACAUUGGACGCGGUAAAUCUAUAAGAGGCCCUGACCCUUAUGAAUUACUUCAGCUCUUGUUCCUUUCGCUCGGCCUUUACAGAAGAAUACUUGGCUCUCAAUCGAUUCCAUCGCCUUCCGACCCCUCCCCUGACUCUUCUUCGGUAUCGUCAUUCUUAUCCGAUUCGGACCGGGGUUGGUUAUCUAAGGGCUGUGAACGGUUGUCAAUGUUCACUCCAUAUUUCAAAAAAUUUGGGUAUAAAGCUAAUGAGGAUAAUGAGCUUGAAGCUGAUGGCGUUGUGGAACAGGAUGAAGGCGUUUGA